CACUCUGAUUAUUCCGACCAUCAACGGUCCAAAAUGAAAGGCGUCAUCCACCUGUAGCCGCACCCUGUUAUUUACCGCACCUGUGAGUUCGCAAUUGGAUUGAUUAUCCAACAUUCGUCUGGAGAGCAGAAAAUUCGUCUCUCUCUCUCUCUUUCUCUUUCUCUUUCUCGGAGCAAAUGGCGGUUUCCGUUACAGCAUCGUCAAUUCCUUCUCUCUGCUCUGACCGCACCACUCGCUUGGCUUCUUCAUCCUCGAAUCUAUCUUCCUCGUCGUCUCUGCAAUUCCCCCUACACCUCCGACGCCUUCGGAUUCGAACGUAUGGAGUCUCCGCUCCUUCUCGGCCUCGAAUUCUUCCUCCGGUUGAAGCAAAGAAGCAAACAUUUUCCAACUUUGACGAUUUGCUGGCUAAUUCUGAUAGACCUGUCCUGGUUGACUUCUAUGCGACUUGGUGUGGUCCUUGUCAAUUUAUGGCUCCUAUCCUCAAUGAAGUCAGUAUUACUCUGAAUGACAAGAUCCAGGUGGUGAAAAUUGACACUGAGAAAUACCCAAGCAUUGCUGACAAGUAUGGAAUACAGGCAUUGCCUACUUUCAUUAUAUUUAAGGAUGGAAAACCAUAUGACCGCUUUGAGGGAGCUUUGAAUGCUGAUCAGCUUAUCGAACGAAUUGAAACUGCUUUGAAAGUGAAGCAAUAAACCGCUGCUCAAGUUCACCUAGGGAGGAAUUAAGAAAGUUACAUGGAGUAAUUGCAUAAAAGGAGUAUAAUACUGGUAGCUCUAUUCAGUCUUGAAGGAGAGAAAAAAAUAUGGAUCUGAUUAAGAAUGCAUGGGAAGAUCCAUCAUCAUUAGAUGUUCGUUUGCUUAUUUUUUGUUUGUAUCAAGUGUUGUACCAAAAAUAUCAUGAUAGAUUUCUUCAUUCCAUUUCUGGAUUGUGCGGAUGAAGCUAGAAGACGAUUUUAUGUCGACAAAUCUCUUUGGAUUA